AUGAAGACAGCUCCCAGGCUCUCUGCCAAUCGAGGCCCAGCCAGCAACCCACUCUCACUGACAGGGCAGGACGAAGGUGAUGGAAAUCCCAAAGAGAGCUGCCCUUUCAUCAACAGCACUCCAGCUACCGGAGUGGAAAAGAGUCAGCAGUACGACAUCAAGAGCAUGGCUCUGUUCGAGGAAGAGAUCGAUACGAGUCCGAUGGUUUCUUCUCUGCUCAGCACUCUGGCCAACUACUCUAACCUGCCGACUGGAAGCAAAGAGCACGAGGAGGCAGAGAAUAAUGAGGAGGGGACACGCCCCUCUAAAAAACCUGUCAAGACCAUGCUCACAGCCAUCUCCAUGAGUGCCAUUGCAACUAAUGGAGUCGUUCCAGCUGGAGGUUCCUAUUACAUGAUCUCUCGCUCCCUGGGGCCUGAGUUUGGUGGAGCCGUGGGGAUCUGCUUCUACCUGGGAACCACUUUUGCCGGAGCCAUGUACAUCCUUGGCUGUAUUGAAAUUUUGCUAAUUUAUAUUGUCCCACAGGCAGCAAUCUUUAAAAUUGAAGGCCUGGAGGGGCCAGAAGCAGAAAUUGCACUGCUCAACAACAUGCGAGUUUAUGGCACAAUCGUGUUGAGCUUCAUGGCACUGGUUGUUUUUGUCGGGGUCAAAUAUGUGAACAAGUUGGCGCUGGUCUUUCUGGCCUGCGUUAUCCUCUCUAUCCUGGCUGUUUACGCUGGAAUUAUUAAAACCGCCAUCGAACCUCCUGUCUUUCCUAUCUGUCUCCUUGGCAACCGAACACUCGUCUCUAAAUCGUAUGAUGUCUGUGCAAAGGUUAUUGAAAUAGACAAUGAGACCAUCACCACCAAACUGUGGCUGUCGUUUUGUGAUUCUGACUCCCUCAAUGCUACGUGUGAUGAAUAUUUCACCAACAACAACGUCACAGAGGUACAGGGCAUCCCAGGGGUGACCAGUGGGAUCCUGGCAGAAAACCUGUUUGGCAACUAUCUGAAAAAAGGGAUGGUUCUGGAGAAGCGUGGCCGGGCGUCCAAUGUGGAUCCCAACAGUCUUCCAUCUAACGCGAACCGUUACGUUCUGGCUGACAUCACCAGCUUCUUCACCCUGCUGGUGGGGAUUUAUUUUCCAUCUGUCACUGGUAUCAUGGCUGGCUCUAACCGCUCUGGUGACCUGCGGGAUGCUCAGAAGUCGAUUCCAAUCGGCACCAUUGCAGCCAUCACAACAACGUCCACUGUGUACAUGUCGUGUGUGGUGCUGUUUGGUGCUUGUAUAGAAGGAGUGGUGCUCCGUGACAAGUUUGGUGAGGGGGUUAAUGGUAAUCUGGUGAUUGGUACUUUGGCGUGGCCGUCGCCAUGGGUGAUUGUAUUUGGCUCCUUUUUCUCCACCUGCGGCGCUGGACUUCAGAGUCUGACCGGAGCGCCACGUCUUCUUCAGGCCAUCUCCAGAGACGGCAUCAUUCCCUUUCUCAGAGUCUUUGGUCAUGGUAAAGCCAACGGGGAGCCCACCUGGGCUCUCCUGCUCACAGCUAGCAUCUGUGAGAUUGGCAUCAUCAUCGCCUCCUUGGAUUCGGUCGCCCCCAUCCUGUCCAUGUUUUUCUUGAUGUGCUACAUGUUUGUUAACCUUGCCUGCGCGCUGCAGACUCUGCUGAGGACUCCUAACUGGAGGCCGCGCUUUAAGUUUUAUCACUGGACUCUGUCUUUCCUGGGCAUGAGCCUGUGUCUAUCACUUAUGUUCAUCUGUUCCUGGUAUUACGCCAUUGUCGCCAUGGGCAUUGCCACCUGCAUCUACAAGUACAUAGAGUUCUGUGGAGCUGAGAAAGAGUGGGGCGAUGGGAUACGAGGCCUUUCGCUCAGCGCUGCACGAUUUGCUCUGAUGAGGCUGGAGGAGGGACCACCGCACACCAAGAACUGGAGGCCUCAGAUUCUGGUUCUGGUGAGCGUGGAUGCUGAGCAGAAAGUGGAGCAGCCGCGCCUGCUCUCUUUGACCAGUCAGCUAAAAGCAGGUAAAGGUCUGACCAUCGUUGGCACCUCUGUUCAAGGAACCUUCCUCAACAAUUACACUGAAUCCCAGAGGGCAGAUCAGUCGUUGCGGAAGCUGAUGGAAACAGAAAAGGUGAAAGGUUUCUCUCAGGUGGUCCUCUCCUCCAACUUGAGAGACGGGACGUCCCAUCUGGUCCAGACUGGAGGACUUGGAGGUCUGAAGCACAACACAGUGAUGGCCAGCUGGCCCCACAACUGGAAACAGCCCGAGUGCUACCAGCAUUUUAGGAACUUUAUUGAGAUGGUCAGAGAAACUACUAUUGCCAGUUUGGCCUUACUGGUCCCUAAGAACAUUUCCAGUUAUCCAUCCAAUGGAGAGCGCUUCACUGAGGGCCACAUAGAUGUGUGGUGGAUCGUCCAUGAUGGAGGCAUGUUGAUGCUCCUGCCCUUCCUGCUGCGUCAGCAUAAGGUAUGGAGGAAGUGUAAGAUGCGCAUUUUUACCGUAGCACAAAUGGAUGACAACAGCAUCCAGAUGAAGAAAGACCUCAUCACCUUCCUCUACCACCUGCGCAUCGAUGCUGCUGUGGAGGUGGUGGAGAUGCAUGACGGUGACAUCUCAGCUUACACGUAUGAGAAGACGCUGCUCAUGGAACAACGGUCGCAGAUCCUCAAACAGAUGCAUCUGACCAAGAAUGAAAUGGAGAGAGAGAUCCAGAGUAUUACAGAUUCAUCCCGUGGGUCCAUUCGUCGUAAAAACCCAUCCACCUUGAAGCCCCAGCAUAGCACAGACGAGGGCGGCAACCUGGCGGAGAAAUCAGACGAUAAGUCUGAGGCUGUCUCCAACCCAAAACAGGUGCAGCUGAUCCACAACAAGAAGACCUCCAAGCCCUCGGCCCUCAUCUCUCCUGCUGCCUCCUCUGCAGGAGGCGCUGCCACCUGGUCAGAUGGCAACAAUACAGAAAAAGGGAAAAUCCUUUCAGCGGUGACACCAGAUGGAGGAAGAGAGCUACUUAGCAUGAAGCCUGAAUGGGAGAACUUAAACCAGGUGGACGUGAGGCGUAUGCACACAGCCAUGCGGCUCAAUGAGGUCAUCAAAAAAAAGUCCAAGGAGGCAAAGCUUGUCUUGCUCAACAUGCCGGGACCACCAAAGAACCGGGUGGGCGAUGAAAACUACAUGGAGUUCCUCGAGGUGCUCACUGAAGGCCUCAACAGGGUUCUCCUUGUACGUGGAGGAGGUCGAGAAGUCAUCACCAUCUAUUCCUGAGAGUUUUAUUUUGAGAGCGUCCACAGGAACUCUGACGUCACCUGCCUCUCCCCUCAUCCUGCCCCCCCCCCCCACACACACACACACACACACACACACA